UAGGGUGUAGUCGGAUAUAGUUAUUUUCCUUCUGAAGUUUCUCCAUGGCGGUGGACACAAAGCACUGAGACCGUGGAAGUCUGCGUUUAGGGCAAGGACAAUAAUUCUGGAAGGAACAAACGCAUUUUUAAGGAGAAGCAAUUGAAAGUUUUCCGUAUGGUUUUACUUGUUUUAUCAAGAUUGCGGUAACUGGGUAGUUACCAAUAAGUUGAAAGUUCAAAGGUGUAAUAGAGGAAUUCGUGUAGUUGUAGCUUAAGUUUGAAACGGCUUUUAGAAUAGCUGAGAAUGGGUUGGUUUAUUCAAGUUUUGUUUUCAUUUACUUGUUUGGCUGUCUUCAGCCACAGUGCUAUGGAUGAAUGCACUGACGAUUCGAGUCGUCCUCAGCGAUGCAUGCCAGAGUUUGUCAACGCUGCUUUCAAUGUCACUGUGGUAGCUACCAAUACUUGUGGCUCUCCACCAGAAGAAUACUGCGUACAAACCGGGGUUACGGGGGUCACCAAGUCGUGCCACAUCUGCGAUGCCAGGGAUCGCAGACAACACCACAGUGCUGUGUACCUCACCGAUUACAACAAUCAACAGGACACCACCUGGUGGCAAAGUCAAACUAUGUUAGCGGGCAUCCAGUAUCCACACUCAAUCAAUCUAACUCUUCAUCUUGGCAAGGCUUUCGACAUCACUUACGUGCGACUCAAGUUCCACACCAGCCGCCCAGAGAGCUUCGCCAUCUACAAGCGCACAAGUGAGGAUGGACCAUGGACGCCUUACCAGUACUACAGUGGCUCCUGUGAGAAGACCUACCAGAAGACCAACAGGGGCUUCAUCCGCACCGGACAGGACGAACAACAGGCACUGUGCACAGACGAGUUCAGCGACAUCUCACCCCUGACUGGAGGAAACGUCGCCUUCUCCACCCUUGAAGGCCGGCCCAGUGCUUACAACUUUGACAACAGCCCAGUUCUUCAGGAAUGGGUGACAGCCACAGAUAUCAAAGUGACCCUGAACAGGCUCAACACAUUCGGAGAUGAAGUUUUCAAUGAUCCCAAGGUCCUGAAAUCCUACUACUACGCUAUCUCAGACUUUGCAGUGGGAGGAAGGUGUAAGUGCAAUGGCCAUGCGAGUGAGUGUGCGAAAAAUAACGGUUUCGGCAAGCCGGUUUGCAACUGCAAGCACAACACGGAGGGCGAUGACUGCAAUGUGUGCAAGCCGUUCUACAACGACCGUCCCUGGAGGAGAGCUACAGCCAAUAACCCUAACGAGUGUCUGCCGUGCAACUGUAAUGGCAAGAGUGCAGAGUGCUACUUCGACCCUGAGCUCUACCGUGCCACCGGCCACGGAGGACACUGCCGCAACUGUGCCGACUACACAGGCGGGCCCAACUGUGAGCGCUGCCUGGACAACUACUACAGAGACACAUCUGGCACCCGCUGCCUGCCCUGCAGCUGCAACCCAGUAGGCUCUCUGGCUACUCAGUGUGACAAAACAGGACGCUGCAGCUGUAAACCCGGUGUGAUGGGGGACAAGUGUGACCGCUGCCAACCUGGCUUUCACACGUUGACCGAAGCAGGCUGCAGACCUUGCUCCUGUAACCCUUCCGGAAGCACACAGGAGUGUGAUGUCCAGACAGGCCGUUGCCAGUGCAAGGACAACGUGGAGGGCUUCAGCUGUGACAGGUGUAAGCUGGGCUACUUCAACAUGGACCCGCAGAACCCUCAGGGUUGCACUCCGUGCUUCUGCUUCCAGCAUUCCUCUGUCUGUGAGAGCGCUGAAGGCUACAGCAUUGACACAGUCUCCUCCACCUUCAACCGAGAUGAUGAGCAGUGGACAGGCCAGCAGCGUGACAGCUCCAGUGUUUCAGUCCAGUGGUCCACUGGUGGGGAGAUCUCCCUCAUCUCCGAUGACUACUUCCCAAUGUACUUUGUGGCUCCAGAGCGGUUCCUGGGCAAUCAGCUGCUGAGCUACGGCCAGAACCUCACCCUGAACUUCCGGGUGGACAGGAGAGACACACGUCUCUCAGCUGAGGAUGUGGUUCUGGAGGGGGCUGGUCUCAGAGUGGCUGUGCCUCUCAUUGCUCAGGGAAAUGCCUAUCCCGGAGAGAACAUGCAGACGUUUGUGUUCAGGCUCCACGACAGCACAGACUAUCCCUGGAGGCCCACCCUCACUCACUCAGAGUUCCAGAAGCUUCUGCACAAUCUGACGUCCAUCAAGAUCCGUGGCACCUACAGCGAGAGAAGUGCUGGUUACCUUGACGAUGUGAAGCUUAUCACGGCGAAGAAAGGUCCCGGGAGCCCAGCUCGCUGGGUAGAGAAGUGUACCUGCCCUCAAGGCUACGUGGGACAGCACUGUGAGAGCUGCGCCCUGAGAUACAGGAGGAGCAGACCAGACCUGGGGCCCUUCAGUUCCUGUGACUCCUGCAGCUGUAACGGACACAGUGACACGUGCAACCCCGACACAGGGAUGUGUGACUGCCUACACAACACAGCUGGGCUCAGUUGUGAGAGAUGUAAAGACGGUUACUAUGGAGACUCCACUGUGGGGAGUUCCAGCGACUGCAAGCCCUGCCCCUGCCCCGGAGGAUCCACUUGUGCUGUUGUGCCCAAGACAAAGGAGGUUGUCUGCACCAACUGUCCUACUGGAACCACAGGCAAGCGCUGCGAGCUGUGUGACGACGGUUUCUUCGGAGACCCCCUGGGGGAGAACGGACAGGCGAGGGUCUGUCGGGCCUGUAAGUGUAGCGACAACAUCGACCCCAACGCUGUGGGCAACUGUGACAGAGAGACCGGGGAGUGCCUCAAGUGUAUCUACAACACAGACGGCUUCUUCUGUGACCGUUGCAAAGAGGGCUUCUAUGGAAACCCGCUGGCCACCAACCCCAACGACAAGUGCAAAGCCUGCUCCUGCUCUCCAUAUGGCACAGUGGACAGACAGACCAGCUGUCUACAGGUCACAGGCCAGUGCCAGUGUUUCCCCCACGUCACCAACAGGGACUGCAGUGCCUGUCAGCCUGGCUUCUUCAACCUGCGGAGCGGAACAGGCUGUGAACAAUGCAACUGCAAUUCUAUUGGGUCCACCAACGGUCAGUGUGACAUCGGUUCCGGUCAGUGUGAAUGCCAGCCCGGCGUCACCGGUCAGCGCUGUGAACGCUGUGAGGUCAACUUCUUCGGAUUCGGAUUGUCAGGCUGCAAACCGUGCGACUGUGACCCAGAGGGCUCCUCGACAGCCCAGUGUAAAGAAGAUGGCCGCUGUGCGUGCCUUCCAGGCUUUGUGGGAGCCAGGUGUGACAUGUGUGAGGAGAACUACUUCUACAACCGCUCUACUCCCGGCUGCCAGCAGUGUCCGUCCUGUUACUCCCUCGUCAGAGACAAGGUGAACCAGCAGAGACAGAAGCUGCAUGACCUGCAGACUUUGAUUGACAACCUGGGCUCCACGUCAGAGACUGUGAGUGACAAGGCGUUUGAGGACCGACUGAAGGAGGCAGAAAAAUCCAUCAUGGACCUACUGGACGAGGCUCAGACCAGCAAAGAUGUGGACAAAGGCCUGCUGGAGCGCCUGGGGAAACUGAACAGCACACUGACCACUCAGUGGAAUCGUUUGCAGAACAUCAGGAACACCGUGGACAACACUGGAACCCAAGCCGACAAGGCCCGCAACCGGGUCCGAGACGCCGAGAACCUGAUCGGCCUCGCCCGCGAGGAACUGGAUAAGGCCAAGGAUGCCAUCAGCAAACUGGACUUCAAAGCACCCUCCAUCAGUGGAGAUCCCAACAACAUGACCCUUCUGGCAGAGGAGGCUCGCAAUCUGGCCGACAAACAUAAAAUGGACGCGGAUCAAAUUGAGAAGAUCGCAAAAGAUGCCAAUGACACGUCCACCAAGGCUCUCAACCUGCUGACAAAGACUCUAGAUGGCGAGGGCAAGACCAACCAAGACAUUGAUGAGCUCAACAGGAAGUACAAUGAGGCAAAGGACCUGGCCAAGAACCUGGAGAAACAGGCCAACAAGGUGCAUGCUGAGGCAGAGGAGGCAGGCGACAAAGCCCUGAAGAUCUACGCUAACCUGACAAGCCUGCCACCUUUCAACACCAAAUUACUGGAGGACGAAGCGAGCAAGAUCAAGAAGGAAGCGUCUGACCUGGACAAGCUGAUUGACAAGACAGAGAAAGAGUACAACGACUUGAGGGAUGAUCUGCGAGGGAAGGAGACUGAGGUCCGCAAGCUGCUGGAGAAGGGCAAGACGGAGCAGCAGACUGCCGAUCAGUUGCUGGCUCGUGUCGAUGCUGCCAAGGCGCUGGCUGAGGAGGCCGCCAAGAAGGGGAGGACCACCUACCAGGAGGCCCAAGACAUUCUGGGAAAUCUGAGAGACUUUGACAAGCGGGUGAAUGACAACAAGACGGCAGCUGAGGACGCCAUGAAGAGAAUCCCAGAGAUCAACGCUACCAUCAUUGCGGCCAAUGAGAAGACCAAGCAGGCUGAGGGGGCACUAGGCAACGCAGCUGCAGAUGCCAAGGAGGCCAAGAGCAAGGCAGAGGAGGCAGAAAAGAUAGCCAGCGCUGUGCAGAAGGGUUCUGCUAAGACCAAGGCGGAUGCAGAGAAGGCCUUUGAGGACACUAUGAUGCUGGAUGGGGAGGUGAACGGCAUGAUGGACCAGCUGAGUGCAGCCGAGGCAGAGCUGGCCAAGAAGAAAGCUGAGGCCGACCAGGACAUGAUGAUGGCUAGCAUGGCAUCGGACAAUGCGAAGGAAGCGGAGGACAACGCCCGCAAAGCCAAGAGUGCUGUCAGGACUGUUCUCAACACCAUCAACGACCUGCUCAAGUCACUGGGCAACAUUGACAAGGUGGACCUGAGCAAGUUGGGCUUGAUUGAGGGGUCACUGAAGCAGGCCAAGGACAAAAUGGCGAACAGCGACCUGGACCGCAAGCUGGCGGAGCUGAAUGAUGUGGCCAAGAGCCAGGAGGAGAUGAUCACCGACUACGACAGGCAGAUCAGGGAGAUCCGGUCUGACAUCGCCAACCUCAAUGACAUCAAGAACACUUUACCUGACGGCUGCUUCAACACCCCAUCCCUAGAGCGACCUUAACCCCCUCUCUCUCCACCACCUGUACCCUCCUUCCUCAUAUCCCGUCUGUUCCGCUCCUUCCUCAUAUCCCGUCUGUACCGCCCCUUCCUCAUAUCCCGUAUGUACCGCUCCUUCCUCAUAUCUCGUCUGUACCGCUCCUUCCUCAUAUCCCGUCUGUACCGCUCCUUCCUCAUAUCCCGUCUGUUCCGCUCCUUCCUCAUAUCCCGUCUGUACCGCUCCUUCCUCAUAUCCCGUCUGUACCGCUCCUUCCUCAUAUCCCGUCUGUACCGCUCCUUCCUCAUAUCCCGUCUGUACCCUCCUUCCUCAUAUCCCGUCUGUUCCGCUCCUUCCUCAUAUCCCGUCUGUUCCGCUCCUUCCUCAUAUCCCGUCUGUACCGCUCCUUCCUCAUAUCCCGUCUGUACCGCUCCUUCCUCAUAUCCCGUCUGUACCGCUCCUUCCUCAUAUCCCGUCUGUACCGCUCCUUCCUCAUAUCCCGUCUGUACCGCUCCUUCCUCAUAUCCCGUCUGUACCGCUCCUUCCUCAUAUCCCGUCUGUACCGCCCCUUCCUCAUAUCCCGUCUGUACCGCCCCUUCCUCAUAUCCAGUCUGUACCGCCCCUUCCUCAUAUCCAGUCUGUACCGCCCCUUCCUCAUAUCCAGUCUGUACCGCCCCUUCCUCAUAUCCCGUCUGUUCCGCUCCUUCCUCAUAUCCCGUCGUACCGCUCCUUCCUCAUAUCCCGUCGUACCGCUCCUUCCUCAUAUCCCGUCUGUACCCUCCUUCCUCAUAUCCCGUCUGUUCCGCUCCUUCCUCAUAUCCCGUCUGUUCCGCUCCUUCCUCAUAUCCCGUCUGUACCGCUCCUUCCUCAUAUCCCGUCUGUACCGCUCCUUCCUCAUAUCCCGUCUGUACCGCUCCUUCCUCAUAUCCCGUCUGUACCGCUCCUUCCUCAUAUCCCGUCUGUACCGCUCCUUCCUCAUAUCCCGUCUGUUCCGCUCCUUCCUCAUAUCCCGUCUGUACCGCUCUUUCCUCAUAUCCCGUCUGUACCGCUCCUUCCUCAUAUCCCGUCUGUACCGCUCCUUCCUCAUAUCCCGUCUGUUCCGCUCCUUCCUCAUAUCCCGUCUGUUCCGCUCCUUCCUCAUAUCCCGUCUGUACCGCUCCUUCCUCAUAUCCCGUCUGUUCCGCUCCUUCCUCAUAUCCCGUCUGUUCCGCUCCUUCCUCAUAUCCCGUCUGUACCGCUCCUUCCUCAUAUCCCGUCUGUUCCGCUCCUUCCUCAUAUCCCGUCUGUACCGCUCCUUCCUCAUAUCCCGUCUGUUCCGCUCCUUCCCACGUCUAACACUCGGGCAGAAUGCCACCUUUUUACCAAAACUUUUUUUCUUUCUUUAUUUUUUCUUUGCUUUGUCUUUGUUUGUCUUUUUUUUUUACAAGAGAAGCUAAGUUUCAUGGUUUUAAAGAAAGAGAAGAAGCAGCUUUGACAUGCAGAAACGUGAAAUGAACUAAGGGCAGUCGACAAACAUGCAUCCAUUCUCCUUCGGUGCAGCAGGUUAGGAGAGGUGUGGCAUACCUCGCUCCCGAGUAAUGAAAACCCACAUGACUGCACCACCUCCAGACUUCCUACACUUCUACGUGUAGGACCGUUACACCGUCUUGUUUCAUCACAACCUAAACCACCCCGACAGAAAACAAGGAGAAAUGUCCUCAGCCUUUUCAGAUGGGUGCAUGUCAUAUGAUAUAGCAUUUGUUUUAUUUGAUAUGAUAUCUAACAAGUUAUCCUUACCCAUCAUUCUAGACCGAAGGGCAUGCUGGGAAUGGUUUGUCUGUGAGAUAUUUUUUAGCUAUAGGUAUUGUUCAACUUCCAGUACAUAUGUGCCAUCCUUGGUGUUAUCAACCAUUUGUUUAAAAAACAAGCAGUGAAGGAAUUCUCACAAGUUUAUACAUUUUGUUUGCCUUCAUUCGCUUCCAAAGCUACAUAUAUUGCAUGGAGAAAGUAUUCCUGUUAUUAUUACACAUUUUUACAGUAUUCAACUCUACUGCACAUUCUGCUCCAUACCCACAUUAAAUAAUCCUACAGUUUACUAUAGAAUACUACAGUACUUUGUAUAGAAUUCUGUAGUAAAGUGUAGUGUAGUAAACUGUAGUAUACUAUACUACACAUUGCACUACAGCAUUUCCCAAACUCUGUCCUCUGUCAUUUCCCAAACACCACUGAUUCAAAUAAUUAACUCAUCAAGCUUGGAUUAUUUGAAUCGGCUGUGUAGUGCUAGGGCAAAAAUACAAAAAUGCACCCCUUGGAGUCUCCAGGACAGAGUUUAGGAAACGCUGCUGUAGUAUAUAACGAUCAUUGGCAGUACUUAUUAUAGAAUCGUGUAGUAUACUAUAGUAAAUAUUACAGUAUACUAUGGACCACAAAAAUACUACAGUAAUAUCUGCAAAAACACUGCAGUAAUUACUGUAGUGUAUAUAUAUAUUACAAGAUUAAUUUGUGUCUACCCUGCCCAUUCCCAUAUCCCAAUUUGUGGCACCAAUAAGUUACAAGCCUACGUUUGGUAUCGUAUAGAUUAUAUAUAUGUGUUCCCUGCAGGUUAUAAAAAGGAGCAGAAGCUCUGAACUGUCUAUUCAGACCUCAGUCCUAUCUACCUACAGGUAUGGUAAAUUUUAUUUUGUGUAUUUUUCCAAGUAGGUUUCCUCAAGGAUAACAUGUCAAAGAUAAUAAAACAAAAACAUUAUAGUAAAUACUACAGUUAUUUCCUCAAAAAACCCUACAGUAAAUACUACAGUCCGAAAAAACACUACAGUAAUUACUAUAAUAUAUACUAGUUUUUUCUUACUACAGUGUAUACUAUGAAAAGGAAAUACUACAAUCAUGUCUGCAAAACUACAGUAAAUACUACAGUAUUCACUGUAUUUUUACACUACAUUCACUUUUUUCACUACAGUAUUUUUUCACUCCACUGAAUACUACAGUAAAGUCUCCAAAAACACUACAGGGAAUACUAUAGUAUUUAACGAUAGUAUACCUUAGUAUUUUUUCAUGUGGGCAUGCAUAACUGAAAAGCUGUUAAAUGAAACCAGCAAGUGGGUCUUUAAAAUGACUCUGAUAUUUUUGACAUUUGAGACAGUCCUGUACCGCCCAGUGAAACAAUAUGGUUAAAUAUAAUUGUAUGUAAAAAUAUAUAUAUAUAUAAUUAACACUACAAAUCUUGUUUUUUGUCUGAUGUUUUUUCCUCCCUAAGCUGCUGCUUAAAACAGGUGUAUUGCAAAUCACACAUUAAUAUUUUUUAAGACAAAAUUCUACACUAUGCAACUUUGUACAUUUUGCGUAGCAAGACUUUAUCUGAUACACUGGUGCUAAUAAUUAUUUCAAAUGUUAUAUUUUUGUGUGAAUGUUUUUUAUUAUGAUAUAGAGUGAGGAAAUAUUAUUUGUGUAAAUAUAUGCUUAAAUGAUUCAGGGCUGGCUGAUUGUUAAAUCCAAGACCCAGCGGCCAUAGGUUAUAUCGCAAAAAAUCAACAAACCUCCACAUAAUAUAUAAAUAUAUAUGAUAAGUUCUGUGGUAUAAUAUGCUUGCUUGUGUACAUGGCUCGGUGUUGCCUCAGCUCUGCCAUUAUUAAUUUGUGUUUAAUUAUCAGUGGGUGGUCACCAAUUAAUUGAUGAAUGCUUUUAAAACGAGAUCAAAACAAUGCUUUUAAAACACCUUUAUCCUUGACUGAUAACUUCAGGACUGUGUGAGAGAUGGCCCUAAAGAAGCCAUCGGUCUACAUUAAGCCUAUCGUUUCAUUUUACUGAAUUUAAACCGACUCCAAGAAAAUAAGCUUGUUCACAAGUUGGUAGUUAACCAUUUAGUGUUGUGUCUUCAUAUGUGGUCAAUAUUCACAUCACUUAGUUCCUAACGAGGGCGUCACGUUUAUCGCACACAUUACGUUUCAGACAAACACUCUUUUCACACAUAAUUGUCUCCUCACACGUUCGCUACUCGGUGUCCUCGCAUUUCAGUAGAACAGCAGGGAUUUUGUUGAUGGGUCCAGAACAUCAGCCUGCCAGCCGCGAUACAGUAAAUGAAUAGGUUAUAACCUGGAAACCACUCAUCCUUCCCAUUCAACAUCUCUCAUCCUCAAUACACCAAUACUCACUCCUUUCCUUAGCCUGCCUCCUAUCAUGUUAUUUGUUGGAUAGUUGUUAGCUAACCUUUUACCCACAAUUUUAUAGAUGUGGCAGCGGCUAAAACGAUGUACACUGCAUUGAACCAUCUUCUGCCGUCUCUUAACCCUCCAGGCUACCACACUGCUGUGGAAGAAUGUGCAGCACAUACUGUUUGAUGUAUAAAACAGUAUUUCUAAUUUAUAAUGUCUCAAGUAUUUGUAUUAUUUUGUUGCAGUAGAUGAUGAUGAUAUGUAUGUGUUGCACAAUCUUGUUGUGGUCAUUUGGCUAUGGAGGGCAUGUUCUGUUGUACAAUAUAACACAAAGGCACCAAUUCACUGCAACGUUUAAUUUGUGAGGACCUGAGAAAACCCUGUUUGUGACCCACUUGCCUGUAAAUCCAAUCGUAACAUUUGAAAUAAUAAAACAAAUAUUACAGGAA